AUGGCACCGAGCGAGCCCAUGCUGCCCGCUGCGAUAGCUCCCGAGCCACACGGCCGUCCCUCAAGGAGGUCCUUUUCGAGCACCGACCGACUGAGCGCGUCUGUUGCGUCUACGAACCGGUCGAGGUCGACGGCGCGGUCCUCGGGAUGGCAGGCGAAGAUGGGACUGGGCGGCGUGGCGAGGCGGACGUUGGGUAUUUCGCUACUGCUUGUGACGGUGUUGCUGUGGACGGUAUCCAACUUUUUGGCAUCCGUAUGCGCCGGACCCCUUUCCAAGACGCUGGUGGAUCUGGGCUGA